AUGGAGGUGACUGAGGAUGAGAAGUCUCGACAAGAGGCCCGCGACAAGAAGAAGAUAUUGAAGCGCAAAGAAGCCCAGCGCGCCGCGCGCAAGCUUGAGCGCAAGAUAAAACGAGAGGGAAAGGCCGAGGCCAAGGCCGCCCGCAAGUCCAACGUCAAGCGCGCAGGGAAAUGGACCGGUGAGCGCAAGGAGCUGGACAAGCUGAAGAAGGCCGCCAACAAGGCCGCGAAGCUCGAGAAAAAGAAGCGGCGCGAGGAGUCGAAGGCGGCAAAGCUGCAGCAGCAGGACGAGAAGCUACAGGCCGAGGCGGAGAGGGCCAGGGCCAGGCAGGCGCACCUGGCUGAGCUCCAGGAGCAGGAGAGCACGGUGAUGGAAAAGCUAGAUGAGGAGGCCGUCGAGGGGACCGGGGAGACGGACGACUACAUCCCACUUGACGACGAAAAACCCCGCAAGAAGGAUAAGAAGAGCAAAAAGUCGAAGACGGCACAGGACGAAGAGGCCAUCGAGCACAAGCCAGCCAAGAAAGAGAAGAAGAACAAGAAGCAGAACCAAGAAGCCGAGACUGAAAACACUACGACCGAGAUCAAGGAGGCUGAGAGGCCUUCAAAGAAGGACAAGAAGCGCAAGCGUGACGCCGACGCCGACGAGAUUUCUGCGGAUGCUCCGGCAGAUACGGAAUCACCAGCAAAGCAGAAGGCGAAAAAGGACAAGGAGGACAAGAAACAAAGGGCAGAGAUCGAGACUGAGGCUGCGCCAGCGGAUGAACCAGCCGAUGAGCAACCUCCCGCCAAGAAGUCCAAGAAGUCUAAGAAGCGAGACCGAGAAGAGGAGGCCCCCGAUGCCACGGCGGACGUCCCUGCCCCGGCCGCCGUCCCGGCCGACGAGGUGGAGCUGAAGAAAGCAAAGAAGGACAAGAAAUCCAAGAAGGAGAAGAAGAAGGCAGCCGCGGAGUCUGGUGGCAAGGACAAGACUGGUCAGGACACAGCAGACAGCGAGAAGAAGCAGCCCGCGCAGGCCGAGAAAGCUGCGGCAGCGGCAGCGGCAGCCGAGGCCGCCAACUGGAACGUUGGUGAGCUUGAGGGCGGCGCAUCCAGGCAGGCCAAGUUCCUGCGGCUCCUGGGCGGCAAGGGCGCCGGUGGUGCCGCUGCUGCGUCUGCUACAUCCGGGGCGGCGCGGCCGCACUUCAACGUGAACCAAGUCACGGGGGACCUGGAGAAGCAGUUUGAGGCCGGGCGCAGGAUGAAGCACGACAUGGGCGGGCAGCGCAAGGGCCUGGGGGCAUAA